CAGUUUACAACUAACGUCGUGCCAGUCAACCGCGCCGCGUGCGUCACUCAAUUCGCGUCAAGUGGCUUUUUUCAAAUCCCUACUCACGUUACUCCUCCAAUUUUCCACAGUGUUUUCCCUCGACUUUUCCUCUGUUUUCCUAUUUCAACGCAUGAGCCGAAUUCGUCCGCCAAUGCAAGUGUUUUUUUCGUGAGUGUCGAUGAAACUCCUCACGCUGUGCUUUCAAACGUGAUUGAGAAUCCUUCACGAAAGAUUAUCGAAUCGAUUGCCGAGUUCUUUUGGUUUCUUGUUUUUUUGCGGUGGAUUUUUUGGUGCUAGCUUUUUGUACAAUUAUUUACAAUUUUGUUUUACUGCCGUUGAUAAGUGUUUUGGGUCUGAUGAGUGUCUAGACGUUUUCAACUAACUUCGUCAGUUUGUUUGGUGCGCCGAAAGGAUUACAUUCCAUCUUUUUAUUCGCAGAUCAUUCAGCCCUCACGGAGUAAUUGAUUCAAUAAAUUUGUAAACAAUUCUACAAACUAUGAUCGAAUGAAAGGAUUGUUCUAUGGAGAGAAUAAUUACUAGCCGUCGGGAUCGGCCCCUCUAGCAACUUGGACCGAAUGUCUCAAGUCGGAACCGAGUACUGGUCUCCUGUCAUGCCGCCGGGUCCGGUAGUGGGGCUGGACGGUAACCAGUAUGCGUCGUACCCGGUGCUCCCGAAAGCCAAGGAGGAGAUCCCGCUCUCGGAGCAGGCCGUGGAGCGGUUCCAGGAGAAGUACGAUUACUCCUACGCCACGCAGCGGCGGCGCCUCUCUUCCACAGGAUGCACCGACUCUAAUAGCUCAAGCAGCGUCGACGGCAACGAACUCAGCGAUCAGGAAAAGGCUCAGGUCGAGAGCUGCUUCAGAGGUCUCAAGACUCAGGUGUUCGUGGCGAGUUCGCUGGCGAACCUGUACCUGGGCACGAACGGGGAGGACAGCAGUUGGAAGCUGAGCUACACGGGUAUCCCGGUGGUGAUUCUGGACACGGGAGAGGCCAAGUCCCGGACGAAGCGGCAAAUGAGGAUCCUGCUCGCCGAACGGGGCUCCUGCUUCACCCUCUGGCAGGACCUCAUCGACAACCUCUCCUCCUACAAGGUCUCCGGCCCGGCCUUCCACACCAUGUGCCUUUCCUCCGACCACAGCAAGCUCAUCGGGUUCAGCUUCGACUGCGCGCGGGCGGCGGAGCAGCUGUGGCGGCACAUCGAGAAGCUGACCUCGAACCCCGAGAACAUCAGCCUCUCGGUGCCGGGCGCGAAGCGGCGCAACAGCAAGAAGCUCAAGAAGCAGGUGAAAAUUUGUGAUAAGCUCCCGGAGAAGUGCAACAUCUCGCAGCCGUGCUGCUUCCAGCACAUCAUCAACGUCAACCUGAGCGACAGGAGUCGCUACUUCUCCCUCAGGACGCUCAUGCCCACCGAAAGCCUCACCCCCCACCCCCACCCGUCCAACCACUCCUCUAGUCCAGAGCUCAGCUCAGAUUCCGAGCUCCCCACCCAAGUCUAGCGCACUCGCAGAAGACACGCCACACUCGGAGAAAACUGGACGUAUUUCUAUCAAACAGAACUAUGUGCAGGUGAGAAAUAUGGGGUUCACUGGAAAAAAAAAA